AUGGAGGAGGGUAUAGAAGACAUAGUUGUUGCAGGUAGUUGUGCAGAUGACAUGAAUGUUAGGUAUUUAUCCCCCGUGAAAACAAUUCAUUCGACUCACACUGUGGUUGGUAGCAACGAAAUAGUUGUAGUUGUUGAGGAGCCUAAGGAAGGGAUGGUUUUCCAGUCUUGGCAAGAGGUUGAAGCCUACUAUAAGGACUAUGUUGAGCAGAUGGGGUUUGGAGUGUCAAGGGCUCAAGGUGUAAAUUCUAAGAUGGGGGACAAAAAAAAAAUCAAAGUGAUGUGGAAGUGUGAGUGUUGGGGAAAACCCGACAUGAGGGCUAGGAGGGAAGCGAAGAAGAGGGCAAAGGCAAUGGGUCUUGGAGGUUUAGGUGGCUUAAAUAAUGGGGUGGUAUGCAAGGAUGAAUUAAGUGGUACGAAGAGGACUUCGAAAAAGUGCGAAUGUGAGGCUCGUGUUUAUGCUAAAGUUAACGAAAAUGGCUUGUGGGAGUUGAAGAGCGUGCAACUAGAGCAUAAUCACGAGAUUAAUCCGGCAAAUUCCAAGCUUGUGAAGGAGUACCGCAUGAAGCAAAUGACCUCCGCAGUGAAGAAGAGGUUGUUUGAUUUCUAUGAGUGGCUAGCUUUCAUGAAGAAUCGAGCUCCUAAAGCCAUAUUGACCGACCAAGCGGCAUCUAUGCUGAGGCCCCUUGCUGAAGUCAUGCCAAACACAGUGCACUGUUGGUGCAUAUGGCAUAUCAUGAGCAAGAUCCCUGAGAAACUUGGCAAGUGUGCACGUUACCAAGAGUUCGUCAACCCCCUCAAAGAGCUGGUGUAUGAGAGCUUUGACCCCAAGGAGUUCCAAACCCGAUGGGCAGAGUUUAUUGCUGAGUAUAAGUUGGAGGACAAUGAAUGGCUACAGAUCCUACACAAAGAGAGUCGUAUGUGGGUGCCUGCGUUUGUGAAGGACUUUUUUUGGGCUGGUAUGAAGACCACACAAAGGGUGGAGAGCAUCAAUCGGUUUUUCGAUGGCUAUGUUAACCGCAAAGAAAAACUCCAUGAGUUUCCUCAAAAGUAUUGCAUGGCCUUGGAUCAAUGCGUUCGAGAUGAAGUGAGUGCAGAUGAGCGUUGCUCGAAGUACCUUAGGAGGUUGGUUAGUGGAUUCAAAGUAGAAAAUAUUCCAAAAUUAUACACGGACAACAAGUUUCAAGAAGUUCAAAAGGAGUGUACGAGAAUGAUGUAUUGCAACGUCCGAGGAGAGAAGGUUUUGUCUGAAAACCUUAUUCAGUAUUCGGUGGUCUAUCUUGUAUGGAUAGUACCUCCCGGUGCGAGUGAGGAUGUCAUUACAAAUAGGCGAAGAACCUACAAUGUUACUUUCUGUCCAAUGACACAGGAGGUGCAGUGUGACUGUAGGAAGUUUGAGACAAGUGGCAUACUUGCAAACACUGUAUUAGGAUUCUCGAUGAAAAUUUGGUUGAAGAUCUACCAGAGAAGUACGUUGUAG